GUAGCGCACUUCCCACUGAAAGGAAACUGUUUGUUAUUGAGUUGUCAUCAUCAGUAUUACUCCAAUCAUUGCUGAAUUUCUGCUGUCAGGCAGAUAAACAACUAAUAUGUUCUCCUUCAACAUGUUUGAGCCCCAUGUGGGGCGAGUUUUCCAGAACCGUUUCUCCACACAGUACCGCUGUUAUUCAGUCUCCAUGCUGGCGGGACCCAACGACCGCUCAGAUGUGGAGAAAGGAGGAAAGAUUAUUAUGCCCCCGUCUGCUUUGGACCAGCUGAGCAGACUAAACAUCACGUACCCCAUGCUGUUCAAACUCACCAACAAGAAUUCGGACAGAAUGACGCACUGUGGCGUUCUGGAGUUUGUGGCAGAUGAAGGCUUCUGUUACCUCCCGCACUGGAUGAUGCAGAACCUGUUGUUGGAAGAGGGCGGUCUGGUGCAAGUGGAAAGUGUCAAUCUCAUGGUCGCCACAUACUCCAAAUUCCAGCCACAGAGCCCAGACUUCCUGGAUAUCACAAAUCCUAAAGCUGUAUUAGAGAAUGCUUUGAGGAAUUUCGCCUGUUUGACUACAGGAGAUGUGAUCGCCAUCAAUUAUAAUGAAAAGAUCUAUGAGUUACGUGUCAUGGAGACCAAACCAGACAAGGCUGUGUCCAUCAUCGAGUGCGAUAUGAAUGUGGACUUUGAUGCUCCUCUUGGAUACAAAGAACCAGAGAGACACAUGCAGCAUCCAGAAGAACCAGCAGAAGAAGAAACAGAUCCUAGUAACUAUGACAUGGACCUCGGUUUCAGAGCCUUUACAGGAUCUGGGAAUCGUCUAGACGGGAAGAAGAAAGGCAUUGAGCCCAGUCCAGCACCCCUCGAUCCCAGUGACAUCAAACGAGGAAUUCCGAACUAUGAGUUCAAAGUCGGGAGGAUCACCUUCAUCCGUAACGCCAGACAACAGCCCCGCAAAACAGACUUGGAUGAAACAGUCAGUAACUUCAUCGCGUUCUCUGGGGAAGGACAGUCCCUUCGCAAAAAAGGCAGAAAGCCCUGAAUAAACACAUACAGUUGAAUUGGACAUCAGAAGGUCAGCUAGCGUUUGGUUACUUGAGUUGUUUCUGAUCUUCCUUCACUCAACAUGGACAGUUAUUUGAUGACCUCUGCCUGGAUUUCCAUAAGGACCUCACUGAUGUUCUUCUAUAUUGGUUUACAAAUGGUUCGGCCCUCUUUUUCAUAUAUUAGCACACACAAACCAGUGACCAAACACUUGUUUUGAACAUUUAUAAUGCAACUUCAAAUAAUUUAAAUAAAGAUUUCCCUGCAGUUUAC